AUGCGGUCGUCUACACCAGGCGACGAAGGGGCGAGCUCGACGGGCACGGGCACGGGCACAGGAACGGGCACGUCGAACCCAAGCAGCUCUGGCAAGCUGUCUCGCAAUACCUCGCCCUCGGCCGCUCGAUCUCGAUCACCGGCAGGGUACUGGGGUCGACCUGGCGCAGCUGGAUCGAGGUCGUCGUCGACCGGCUCGUUCUUGUCGCGUCUCGUCGAUACACCCUCCCUCAAGGUCAGUUCCGCCUGUUCCGGUGCCUCCUUUCGCAGUCGUGCUGAGCCCGAAUCGGGGACACGUCGCCGCGAGAGGCCGAGCCGCCAGGGGUCAAAGAACAUGAGCUGACGAGGCCAUUUUCCCGUUCAUAGGUUAAUUUCACGGAGGACCUGCUCUUCCUCCAUCCGGCCCCACCCGAUCAGCCGACGUACGACCCCAGCGUCGAGGGCACGUGAGUCGCUUCUUUCUGUGGCCAGUCGCGCUCGCUUCGGUCAUCGCGCUCGACAACGGGAUAUCCGUCCGGAGUUGUCGUCUUUGGACGGGUGAAGGCGCAAUAUCCACCCCCUAUCAUGACUGAUCCGCGUCCACACCUUACAUUGGACUGUUCUCCUUUCCAGCGUGACCCUGUAUCUCCCCAAAGGCCGUACCUUGCGUCACCUCUCGGUCAAGCUCCAAGGCAUCUGCUCGAUCGGGUUCCAGCACCGACCGUACGAAACCUUCACCUGCCUCGAGAAGGAGUUGACGCUCGUGCGCGACAUCGAAGGCGGCGCCGACACCUAUCUUGAGCGUGGCGAGCACGUCUUCUCGUUCUCCAUCUUGGUCCCGUCCAAUACGGCGCCUUAUGAACGCAAUGCGUACGGAAGGGUGCGCCAUUUCGUAUCGGCCAAGGCCAAAGGUCUCGGCAACUUUGGCGAUCUCAAGAGCGAGGACAAGAACCUCUACCUCGUCGUCAAUGUAGGUGUUUUACAUCGACCGACUUAGAGCCCGAAGUGGAGUUUUCCGGAGACUGACUCGUAUCCCACGGUUGCCUUGGAUAGCCUGGUGGCGCCGGAGAAUCUCAACCCCCACCACCUCUGGACUACAAGUUCGAAGGCGCGUCCGACGAUCUUGGACCCUACACGCUCGCAUUGCAGUCGCAAUUCAUCAUAAUUGCUGGUACGUGGAGCGUCUGACCUUCCGGAUCGCAGUUUGCUAAUGUUUUACCACCCCAACGCGACUAGGUCUGAUCCUCUUCCGCUUCCGUCUUCUCGGGCCUCCGUCGCCAAUUGCCAUCUACUCGAUCCGGCUCAAGGUGCUUCAGUACUUCACCCUCACCGCACCGUCCGACCCCAACUACGUCGAGAAACCCCCACCCGAAUCACGUACCGUGUUCCUCCUCGACCUGGCCCACCAACCCAACGGAGGCGAUCCGGAGGUGGCCAUCGAGGCCGAAGCUCUAGCCGGCGGCGGCGUUCGUUCAGGUUCGCAGACGCCUCGAUCGGGGCCUUGGUUCGUCUUGAAGGCCGGCGAAGAGUACAAGGUCGCGCAUUUGGCCAGGUUCUUGAAUGACAACAUCUUGCGUGGCUCGACCGUCGAAGGCAUCGAGACGGGCAUUCAUAUCCGUCACGAGAUCGCGGUCGAGGUGACGUAUUCGGCUUGGGACGAGGAUGAAAGGUCGACAGCGGCGGCGGCGGCGGAAAGAGAACGAAGCUCGAGUCGGAAGGGGAAGAAUAAGGAGGUCCCCAAGGAGUACGAGAAAAAGGUGUUCUUGGUGACCAAACCGAUCGACAUCUUUUCGGUGAGUAGCGCAAAUCGACAUGCUCGAGCUUCGAUCCUGGAGCUAACGGUUUGGCCUUUGCGACAGUGCUGCUCGUGGUUGGACUCGUUGACGUUGCCCGAGUACUCGGUCGAUGAUCCGAUCCCUCCACCUGACCCGGAUCAAGAGAUUCCUUGCACGUGCGGUUACUCGAUGGCCAGGUGAGUUGGCUCACACUCUUUAGCAGAAGCGUCGAUUCGGGAAUUUGACUGAUGGAAGUCCUCCGCCCUGCUGCGUCUCAGGAUCGUCGGGCGACACGGCGAUUUCUUAAAAGAGGUUGGAUGGGAAGGCGAAAGGAGUGGGUUGACGUUCGCUACUCAGUACAAACACGAUGAAGGGACGUCGAGCCAUCCGGGAAGCGGGGCGAACAGCCCGGCACUCUCGGAUGAGAGGAGGGGCCGACCGCCGGUCCGACGAGGGGUUCCAAUCGUUGUCGCUGAAUUAGAAUAA